AUGCCGCCUCUAACCGCUUUAGAGCUGGAGCAGCUCACCAGCGUCAACCAAGAAACGCCUAAUAAUGAGCAUUCACCUGCGCAAUCCUCAACAAACGAGUCCCCUGGGCAUACCGGUGGCGAGAACGGCAAGGAUGGCGAGGUGCGCGAGGCUGAGCAGGAUGCUUCAAGCGGGGACCGAAAGUCGAGAAUAGGCGCAGAGCAAGCGAACUUACAUAUGCCCAAUUCAGAAGACAGCGCCCUAGGUGAGCAGCUACAAAGAUCGGCGGAAGAGAGCUUUAGCGAUAAUGAAGGCAAGACUGAAGCCGAUGCCGCCUCCACAUCUGCCCCUCAAACCGACUCGAAAGAAGAUACCACGAUGACUGACGCUGACGCGGAGGCCGAGUCCGAGGAGGAUGAUGAUGAUGAUGAAAAGGAUACUGCAGCCGAGGAUGAGGGUGAACAAGACCAAAACAGCACGGAGGACGAUGAAAGCGAAGAAGACGAAGACAAAAUUGCAGAUGAAGACAACGAAACUGUAGACGGAGAAGACGGGGAAGAAGACGACCAAGAAACAAAGAGCAAAGAAGCCGGAGGGGACAGCGAAGAAAGCUCGGAAAGCAGCCAGGAGGAAGGUGAAUCAUCAACAUCAGCAUCAGGUUCCGCUUCUGGCUCAGGAUCUGGCUCGGAAUCAGAGUCAGAGUCAGAAUCGGAGUCCAGUGAAGAAGACACGAGCGAGGCCACUGACUCGAAACAAGACUGUGUGUUUUGCAAGGAGAAGGCAGCCGCCGAUGGCGAGGAUGGUGGGCUGCGUUUGACUUGCUCUGACUGCGGCAACCGCGCGCAUCUGAAAUGUGCUCGAGACAACGGCUCAUUACAUGAAGGCGAGACGUCUCGAUGGCAAUGCCCGGGGUGUACUGGCAACAAAACCGUACAAUCAGGGUCACCGAAAGCUCCAAGCACACAAUCCAAGAAUUCAGCUCCUCGCCUUGUUAGGGACUUAUUACCUGUCACGCGCGGCGUCCAAAAACCGAAUUCACAUUCGAUUUUUGCCCAACCGGUGAUAGGAGAAGGUGAGGAAGGAGGACGCGCUCUCAGAAAGAGGAAAUCACCGACCCAAGAACCUCCCCCACUCGAAAAGAGGCGUCGAAAAGCUACAGAUCGAGCAUUAGCAGCAGCAGCGACAAGCAAAGAGCUGGCAGAGAAGAAGAUGGCGGUCGCGCAUUCGACGAGAAGAUCGAGCCAGCUGAAAAUCACGAAACCCACGGCGCGAAUAUUGCAACAUCGACCUUUCAACAAACCGCCGCCCCACAAGUUCAUCCUAGCUUUCCGGUUAGAACAAUCUAAAAUCGAAGCAAUCUUGAGCAAACCUCCUCGCCCUGGCAGAAGAAGAGAAAGACGGGCUCAACCGAAGAAGCCGCCAAAAAUACCACCGCCGCCAAUCUACCAGCCUCCCGUCCCCAAGUUCCCUGCUCUGCCAACUCAACACCUCAUUUUCCCCUCGGCUUUUACUGAUCGGGAAGCCGAGCUCAACGCAAAACCGUACGGUGGCAUCCUCUCCGAAGCGGAUGCAGAUACGAGUCGGUCACUUCCUCAACUCAGAGACCGCGAAAUCUUCGAGAUCGCAAGAAAAGAAGCAGAAGAGGAACGCCGCAGAGCAUCUGUAGCGGCAGAGGCGGAGAUUAACGGCGGAGCAGGGGACGCUACGGCGGCUUCAACCUCUACAACGAAACCCAGCAGGGCUACAGUCUCUGGGCCCCCCAGCAAGAUCAAGUGUAUCCAAUUUGGGAAACAUGUCAUCGACACCUUUUACGCUGCUCCUUAUCCGGAAGAAUAUUCGCACGAAACCCGGCUGUUUAUCUGUGAAUUCUGCUUGAAAUAUCUACCCUCUGAAUUCGUGGCAUAUAGGCAUAAAUUGAAAUGCCCUGCGAAACACCCGCCUGGAGACGAGAUAUAUCGCGAUGGCACGGUGUCUGUGUGGGAAGUUGACGGAAGAAAAAAGACGGAAUAUUGCCAGUGUUUGUGUCUCAUGGCGAAGAUGUUUCUGGGGUCAAAGACACUGUACUAUGACGUGGAACCGUUUCUGUUCUAUAUCUUGACGGAGUAUGAUGAGUUGGGAUAUCAUUUCGUCGGGUAUUUCAGCAAGGAGAAGAGACCCGCCAGUCAGAACAACGUCAGUUGUAUCCUGGUAAUGCCCAUCCAUCAACGCAAGGGUUACGCAACCUUUCUGAUCGACUUCUCUUACCUCCUCACCAGAAUAGAGAGAAAAGAUGGGUCACCGGAAAAGCCUCUCUCGGACAUGGGCCUUACAGCCUAUCGUUCGUACUGGGACCUCACCAUCUCGCGCCACCUGCUCGACCUAGGCUUCAAACCUUUUUCCACAAAGACAUUAAUGGCUCGAACGGGCAUGACGGCCGACGACGUGAUUCAUUCCCUGGAGCGCCUAUACGCCUUUACCAAAGAUCCAGUGACAAAGACCUAUGCCAUCAGGUACGAUAGAAAGUUGUACCAGAAGAUUGUGGACGAUUAUGAGGCAAAAGAACAUCGAAGGUUGAAGCCGGAUAAACUUAUGUGGACGCCCUACAUCAUGGGGCGAAGUGAUCAGGCCACCUUGGACGGGCAGCCUUUGCAGGCGUUGGCACCUAGGGACGAGGAAGAUGGAGAUGAAGAAGAUGAAGAAGCGGGCGAGGAGGUGGAUAUGGACAGUGUCGUGGCUGGCAAGUCUGUCGCUGGCCGUGAUUUGGCAGAGGCUGAGAUGGAUGUGGACCGACUUUCACCGCGGUCAAAAUCAAAGUCUACGAAGGCAAUGUCGCGGCCAGAAUCGGUAGGGGUGCAAGAAGAGGAUAUGGACGUCAAAGAUGCCUCACUCGUUGAUGCGCAUGGCCACGUGGCGCCUGGUCCUCCUUCGACAGCUGCGCUCAGUGGCACUACGUCAAGCGGACUGGCUACUGCUCGCCCGGAUAUCAAGGUAAAUGGACUUGUUAAUGGCGAAUCUCCAAAAGUGGGCGACUCGCAUCCUCAGCACGAGGAUAAUGAGGACGGCGGUAAUGAGAAUGGUCAAGCACCAGGAGAGAAACAAGAGCCAAAUGAGGCCGAUAAGGAGGAAAGGGAACAAGAGCCUCCCCUCUCAGGCUAUGCCCUCGCCUUCCGCCAACUCUCCAUUCCACCUACACGUUUUCAAAUCGAUCCACCAAUCCCACCAUCGAUGCUUCGGCAAAGGAGCACGAAGAAACGCAGUGCCGCUACUGCCUUCGGGUCGGCAAGCACUCCAAAGACAAAUGGGCUCGGUACCGCGGAAUCUCCUGCAGUAGCCGGUGCAGUUUCCAUGGUUCCAGUAAGGAGCUCCCCAAGGAAUGCCAAUAACAACAACGCCAGUUUGGGUUCGGCUGGAGCAACAGUGACCGCGAAUGGCAGCAGCAUUGCCAGCGCUGGCAGCGUAUCUCCGAAGGGACCCGGAACACCUGUCAGGCGGAGCGGGCGGAGAAGCGGACUUUCGACGAUGACUAUACCGGCGUCGGAUGUGUCGGUUACAAACGACGAUCAGGAAGAUGCGCCUGCAGAGGAGGAUGAGGAGGCUGUGCAAAGGGAAAGCAAGGCAGAUGACGAAGAAGAGGAAGAGGAACAGGAGAGAUCGUCGUCGUCAUCGAGCAGUGAAGAAGAGGAAGACGAACAAGAAGAAGCCUCAAUGGCCACAGAAGAAGAAGAAGAAGAGAGUGAAGACGACGAAAACGAUGUUGAAGAGGACGAUGGGGAUGACCCCAACGACGAGGACGCGGUUCCAGAUGACGACGACGAGGAAUCCGAGGACUCUGAGGUUGAGGAUGAUGGAGAUCCCGAUGCUGAGGUGGAUUUGGCUGACGAUGAUGACGAGGAUGACGACGAAGAGGACGACGACGACGAGGACGCCGAGGCAGAGGAUGAUGACUGA